AUGGAAUUGUCCCUUCAGUUUAGACAUUCUAAUCUCCAUUCUUGUCCUCCUUUUGCUUCACUUCACCAUCCAUGCAAAAGGGAUCAAAGGGUUUUCGUUGGACGUUUUAGUCGACCAUUGGCCUCGCAUAAUGGAUUUCAUUUUAGCUGCUGCCCUCGCAAACAGCCGGUGCAGAGAUAUUCAAGAAACCACAUCCCGCCACUCAAAAUAUUGUGUUGUUCAAGACCAGAUUGUUUUCCAACUCGGAGAGCGUUUUACCAAAAAGAGGAUCCCGGUAGAAUUCUCGAUAUUUGCGAAAGCUGUAAAAAAAGCAGAAAAAGUUCAAGGGACAUAGUUGCCAGGUCUGAACUCACAGGAUCGUCAGGAGCUUCAUAUCCACUGUCAGGUACACUAUUAGCCUGGUCUGGUUCUAUUUUCUUGUUUGUUACCGAAGCCACUCAUUACAUUAUAAUCUUUAAUUCAGAAAUUUGGUUGAAUUCAAAGGUGAGAGGAAUUUGCUUCUAUGCUGCAACUGCCUUUGCUGCCGUCGUUUUGUUCGUGCCAAUGCUUCUACAGCAUCCUUUUGUCCUCAUGUUUGACCGGUACCGUAGAAAAGCACAUUAUCUUGUUGCCAAAACGUGGGCUUUUCUGACGGUGGCCCCGUUUAUGAAGAUCAAAUACGAGGGAAUGGAAAAUCUGCCCUCAAUAGAUACACCUGCGAUUUAUGUCUCAAACCACCAGAGCUUUCUAGAUAUAUAUACUCUACUGACUCUUGGGAGAAGCUUCAAAUUUAUCAGCAAAACUUCAAUUUUUCUCUACCCAAUAAUCGGGUGGGCCAUGUUUCUGCUGGGCGUGAUUCCUCUGAAGCGCAUGGAUAGCAGGAGUCAGUUGGACUGCCUUAAGCAGUGCAUUACUCUGAUCAAGAAGGGGGCAUCGGUUUUCUUCUUUCCGGAGGGCACUCGGAGUAAAGAUGGCAAAUUGGGUACUUUUAAGAAAGGCGCAUUUAGCGUAGCUUCAAAAACUGGAGUACCCGUUAUCCCUAUCGCGCUCAUUGGCACGGGUGAUAUCAUGCCUGCUGGAAGGGAAGGAAUAUUAAAUCCAGGAUCCGUGAAAGUUAUAGUGCACCCACCCAUAGGCGGAAAUAACCCGGACGAGCUUUGUACCGAGGCACGGAAUGUGAUUGCUGGUGCUCUUAAUCGUCAAGGCUAG